GGUGAGGACGAUGGGCCUGGCCCCCUCGCUGCAGCUUCGGUCCGCUUGAUGGCAUAUGGUGAGGAUCCAUCGCCAAUGGAGCUUCACUUGAAGGUCCAGACUGAACCGAUGGGCUUCGGCCUCCAGGUCUGCAUGAGCAACUUCGCUGUUGAGCUCAAUGGAGCACAGAAGGUGCGCCUCGUAGAUCACGUCGGGGACUUCUUUGCAGAUCUCGGCGCCCAUCCAGAUCCGCCGCUGGGCCGACGCAAGUCAGUCGUGAGGCUGGGUGCCCUUCGUCUUCGAGUCGACCCAGAGGAAGCGAUGGCCCUGCUGAUGCUUCUGGAGAUCUUCAGCUUGAGCCUCUUAGACCCGGAGCUGUAUGGUGAUCCCUGGCCCGUUCCGGAUGAGUUCGAGGGCGCUGAACUGCGUGGAUGGGCUCACGCGCAGGUGGAGCCAAUUGGGGUGGAAUCCGAUUGGCCUUUGCUGCAAGUGAGCUGCACUGAUCCCGUGACGCUUCUGCUCCCGGGCACCGAGCGAGAGAAAGGAAAGGUUGAUCAUGCUUCGCAAGUGGCGUUGCAGCCCUUGGUGGUCAGCUUUUGCUUCGCUUCUGAGGAUGUUGAGGACCUUCGAGGCAUGCGCUUCCAGUUGCGUGACGUCACCUGCUUCAGCUCGUCACCCAGCGUCAGCUCGGCAUCGCACUUGGCCCGAUGUGAGACAAUCAGCAUCUCCUUGCAACAACAGGAUCUCGUGGUGCUGGCGCCGCACGUCCAGCUGACGCUGCACCCCCUGGAGUUAGCACUGGUGACACGUCAUGUGCGGCGCUGGGGCACCGUGCGCCAGGAUGCAGCGCCCUUGUGGGAGCGACGUUCCAGCUUGAGUAGCUCCUUCGGAAGCUGCGACGCUGGACUUGGUUCCCCGCGGGAUUGGCAUGUCCGGCUGCAACUGCAACUGCCGGAGCUGGACGUCCAGUUGGCCUCGAACGCCUUUCCCGUCUUGUGUGCGAGUGUGAACUGGCAGACCACCAUGGAGCUGGACGGUCAGCUGCUCCUGGUCCGACAGAGCUGCGAUUCCCUCCGCGUCGCAGAUCCCAUCUCCGAACGUGAGCUCGUGCGUCUACAGCAGCCGAGCCAGUUGGUGGUGAACGUCCCCUUCGACUCCAUCAAGGAGCAGGUGCAAUGGCGGGGUCGCUUGGCACCCAGCUUUAUCUCGGUGGAUUGCAUCGGCCUGUCAAAGAUCUUGGAGUAUCUCAAAGAGCUGCAGGAGGUCUUCGGCAUGCUGGGCCUGGAAGACGUCGAUCCGAUCCUCCGUGGGAGUUUGCUUUCAGAUUGGGAGAAUUGCUUGCAGAAUGUGGAUCUUCAUGUGACUUGCUCCCAGCUGAACUUCUUCUUGCCCAGCUCUUCCAUCCUCAAUGCUUCAGGCAUCCUCUUCAGCUGUGGCGCCUGGUGUUCCUUCCGCCAACUGCAUGGCCACUUGGCGCUCACGAAACUCUCUGCCUGCGAAGCCACCUGGGCCGAGCUCCUUCAGCUGGGCGGAACCUGGCAAACCUCCAAGGAUGCGCAGAUUUUGCACCCUUGCCGGUUGAAGGCUGAUGUAGACCUUGCCUUGGAGCCUCCCAGCCUCACUGGCCGCGUGGACUUCUCACCUAUCUCAGUCUCCUUGAAGACGGAGCACGUGCCACUCUUUCGGAGGAUUUGGCAUUACCUUCACGCUUUAGAUGGGGAAUUAGCCGGCUUUGGUGAAGAUUUCGAUUGGACCUCGAGUAGUUCGCCCCAGAAACCACGGUCUUCCGAGUAUUCGGAGGGCCAUCGGACUUGGCAAGCGCGAUCUGCUGAGCUACGACAAUUGGGAGAAGUGCUGCAGGAAUUGUUUCCGAGCAGCCUGGUGUUGGCCUUGAGACAUUCAGCUCAUUUGCUGAAGACUUGCCGACUGCAGCUGGACGUGGAGCUGGGUGCCAUGCACCUGGGCCUCGUCCAGAGCUCGACUGAUGCUGAGCUUUGUGUCGUCCUGGUCGAGGACGUGGGUUUCAGCGUGGAUCGAGCCGCCUUAGUGGCGCAGGGCUUCUCUUCGCCGCUCUCCGCGCCCUCCCCGGCCAGCAGCUGCCUGUCACCCGCGCGACCGCAGGGGCCGCGGCGCCGGGAGCAUUUGGCCGGGCACGUGAUCCUUUCGGUGGAUAUCACCUCGACUGAACUGGCGCGGAGCAGCACCCUGCUUGAGCCUGUGUGCUUCAUGUUCAACCUCUUCAAAGGCAUCAAGCAUCAGCCGUCCACUUGCAAGGUCUCAUGGGUGAACUUGAACCUGAGCUCCUCCUUGAUCGACACCCUCGUGAGCCUCUACCACGAUGCCAUGGAGCGAACCGCAGGCGCGUCCUCGCCCUCUCCCUCGCGCCCGGACGACGUGGUGGAACCCGAGCGCCGGGAGCGUUUGGGGUUGCUGCCGCCGACGGAGACGCUGGAGGCCACGCGGGCGGCGAGUGCGGCGGAUCUGGAGGCGAGUGCGGCGAUGCUGGUGGCGCGAAGCUCUGAGGAGUCGCUGAACAGUCAGGGCAGAAGCUUGAAGAGGCAAGUGAGCAUCUCCUCCAGACAGCCGCAGCUCCGAGUCGUUAACUUGCUGGGCCAAGACAUCACCUUGGACCUCCUCUACUCGGCCGAUGGGCGCAGAUCGAAGGAGUUCCCCAUCUUCAGCGGAUCCAGCCGCAUCGUGACCAUGCCGUGGUGCGGCUGUGGCGCCCCGCGCGCGGGAAGUGGAUGGAUGGCAAAGCUGCAGCUGCAGCAGAUCCCAGAUGCUGAGGUCUUCCUGCACCUUACAGCCACUUCUGCGGUGAAGUCGGUGUCCGCCAAGCCUUCCAAGCCCAGCCGUACUCAGAGCAUGAGUUCCAGCUUUUUGGGCAGCCAGAUGCGGUGCUACAGCGCCGACACCAGUGGGAGCAACUUGGACCUGUCCUACAAGCUCACUUCGCUUCCGGAGAGUUGGAUCCUCGUGAGAACUGAGGUGGGGGAUAAGCUUCACGAGUUGGACGUUCACUUUAGCUCGGUGCUCUUCGUGGAGAACCGCACAGCACUGUCCUUGUCGGUGGCGCCGUAUGGUACUCCGCCAGAAGGCUUCCUGGAGCUCCCAGCACGCUCGGAGCCGCAGCCCAUCCCCCUGGCAUGGCUGGCGCACUCCUCCCUUUGGCUGGGAGUCACUGAAGAGCUGAAGAUGCCCUCGCUGAACAGCUCGGGUAGCUCCUUGUCCUUUGGCGCCGUGCUCUCGGGGAACACCGACCCUGACAAGCGAGGCUGGAUGAGGGCCCAACGUCGGCGUGGCAUACUACAGCCCAUGAUUGGGAAGACCACGUGGCAGGCCAUCCGCCGGUACCGGAGCAUGGUGGCCAACGACUAUUUCUUGCGCUCGAGGAUGCUGCACUUGUCCGACCGCAUGGGGGAGAGCUGCGCCUCCUUGUGCGCCACGGUUUGUGGCGUGAGUGCCGAUCUGCAAGCGUCCUUGCAGGCCUUGAUCUUCUCGGUCGCUCUGGAGCCGGCGGCGCAGAUUUGCAAUCGCCUCCCGUGCCCCAUGACGCUGGCCAGCCUGGAUGGGCCUUUGGUGAUUCCACCUGGGGAAGAUGUGGACAUCGUGAAACCCUCGCAGUUGCAUAUCACUUUGGAGGUCGCACCCUGCACAGGUGCUGUGGACGAAGAGCCUUUGACUCUCCACCUGGAGACGCCCCUGUGGGCCGAUCGACUUCCACGGGAGAAGCAUCAGAAGCGCUUGCACUUCUCAGAGGUGAAUGUUCAGGGCAAAGAGGCCGACCAGAUCGCUAAGCUCAUGGUGUCGCUGGAGACGGAACCAGGCUUGACCAUGUCAGAAUAUUGGUCACCUCUACAGGUUCGUCAGUACUCUCCUAGAUCCUUGCGCUUGGUCUUCUUUACCCAGUAUUGGCUCUUGAACCGCCGCAGCGACUGCCGUGUAUGCUUGCCGCAGCCGGAACUGGGAGCCACUCGUGCCACAGGUGUCGCCAAGUUUGCCAGCCGCCGGCCGGCCGGGAGCGUCGACAGCUCGAAGCGGCUCGCAUUGAUGCAGUAUGACUGCAAUACUUUGCGCAUGGUGUCUGAGAGCUUGGUCAGGCGGGGGAAGAUCCGUGUGGGCUUGUGCGACCAGCGCUACAACGCCAAUGGCGAGUCCUUGGUCCCCGUCACCGAGCCCAUCAGGAUCAAUCAACCUACAGCUGGCUCUGCCACAGCGCCCCGUUCGGCCUUCAAUCCGGUGCAGCGCUGCUUCGGGUACACGGUCCGACCAGCGCCCUUGCCCUUUCACCGGACGCUGCUGGUGGAGGUCGUGCGAAGAUAUACGCUCUUGAACCACAAGGAGCACGUGCUCUACUGCUUCGAGAAGGACACUUCGACCUCCUUCGUGGCCCUGAGCGCCAACGGCUCCGCUGCUUUCGACCCCCAGCGCUCCGGGCCGCGCGCCGUCGCCAUCAGCGGUGUGGCGCCGCAGUCGGCCAUGCUCGAGCUGCUCGAGCGAAGGCCUCGUGCGAGCACCGUGCCUCCUGACCGCCGCGAGCACGGCCGUGAUCCGCCUGGCCGGCGCAGCGUGACCUGGGCGACCGAGAACUGGUCGGAGGGAGAAGCUGAUGUAGAGCUUGGACGUUGUGAAGACACUGAGCAACAAGACUUCUCCUCCGCGCCCUUCGUGCUCGAAAGCAGCAGGAGAAGUUUCCAGCUGAUGCAUUUAUGCGACUUAUCCCACUGGAGUGCUCACGCGCUCUCCGCCUCCUCCUCGCUGGCGCGCGCGGAGCCACUACGUCCGGAGCCGCUGCCUGCGCCUAGCGGCAUCGGCUGGGCGUGGUGUCUCACCCAGGUGGACACACUGGUGGAGCAGAGCUCAGUGGUCGUGCGCUUCUCCGAGCCCUUGCGUCCACAGUUCCGCAUCCUGAACCGCACUGGCCAUGGCUUGGGCUUGCGCCAGGACUGCGACCGGGCGCCGGGCUUCGAGUUGGCGCCGGAGCACCGUAUGAGUUUCUGCUGGUUCCAGCCUGAAGGCCCCUUGAAGCUGCGCUUGCGCUUAGGAGCUCAGGAGAUCAGCUACGACGUGGGCACCGUCCAAGAGCACUCCCCACCCCUACGCGUGGAGCGUCCGGCGGGCGGUACCGGCUCUGCGCAUGGCGACGUGAGUGCCUUUGUGGGAGUUGUGCGAGAGGAGUUCCUGGUGCAGACCAAGGUGGUGCGUGGCAGUCGGGAAGUCCACAUCCAUCCGCACUGCCUGCUGAAGAAUGCCAAGGGCCAUGCGCUGCUGGUGCGCUCGGGCCACAAGAACACGGAGAUGGUGGUACCUCACGAGGGCUCUGUUUGUUUGCAGCGCGAGUCUAAAGCUUCCGAGCAGGUGGUCUUGGAGAUUGCCACUUGCGUUCCUGGCAGUUCAGCGCACUGGUCGGCUCCCAUCAUGCUCACCAAGAGCCUGGCGGGGCAGCGUGGCUUCGUGCGGCACAUGAAGAGCGGCGGCAGCGGAAUGACCAGCGUCUUCGAGAUCACCAUGGUCGAUGUGAAGAAGGAUCCGAUCUCCGACUUCCUCGUGGUGGAACUGAGGCCUUAUGUGAAGGCGAACUGCCCGUACUUCUUCGAGAACGUCAGCCAGCAGGUUUGCAGUGUCAGCCAGCUCGAAGGGCCUGAUGCUGGGGCGCCCUUGGACUUGUUCCCUGGAGAGAGCGCCCCCUUCGUGCCGGUGGGCGCUCUCAUCUGUGGACAGGGCACCUUUCCAGUGAGGCUGGCAGUAUUGGGUGCAGAAGAUGAGAUCAGGUACAGCACCGUGAUCGACAUCGAGCUCCCCCAGGAGGCCGUCUUCGGAGCGAUGCGCGUGAAGGUCCUCAAGGAACGUCCCAGGCACAUUGUGAUCCGUGAUGCAGAGAUCAAACCCCGGAAGAACUCCAAGGGGCUCAAGCACCACUUGCCGCCCUUCGUCUUUUUGCAGCGCAUGCUAGGCAGCAAGAAGCCGAAGCCCAAGCCGCGGCCUUCGCCCACAGCGCGCCACCUGUCGCCCCGACGCAAGACGAGGAUGAUCUCUCCGGGGUUGAGCCCUCGUCGCAGAAGGCCUACCCUGCCGCUGCAGAUGUUGGCCGGCACACCACGGCUUACUGCCAUGCCCAGCACAAGAUCCUUGACGUCCCGGAUUUCCAAGCUCCGUCGGAGCUCCUUGGGCAUCUUUUGGACCAUCCAGGGCCGCAAGCGCUGCCAACGCCUGCGUGGCACGGUACUGGAGCUCUAUGCGCAGGGUGCAGGUGUGACACUCGUGGAUAGCACCUCCUUGAACGAGGUGGCCUACUUCUGUGCUGACAGCUUGGUGGUGGACAUGGUGAAGUAUGAAGGCGCCCAACGAGCUCUGGAAAUCAAGCUGGGCUCCUUACAGCUGGAUGUGCAUGACAACAGCGCCGGUUGGCGGAGCAACGUGAUGGUGCGUCCGAAACGGAGCCGCCUGCCGGCAAGGGUCCGUGAGGGUCGCCCCUUCUUGGACAUCAGCGCGACAUGGCUGGCGCUGGAGCGAGGGGCAGGUUUUGCGGCUCAUUUGGAGGUGGAGAAUUUGAAGAUCGAGAUGCAACCCCUUGAGCUGCGCCUGGACACUUUGAGUUGUUUUCAGCUGGCCAUCUUCGGCCUGGAUUUGCUUCGCCGAGCUGAGCCCUUGUUGGCCGCCUUACCAAUGUUUGGCCACCUGCGACGGCAGCUCAAGACCCGCUGGAGGAGUGACGGUGAAGAGCUCUUGGUGGCCAGCCAGGGCGAUGGCCAUGAUCCGGUGGUGGGCGAACCUCCCUGCCCGGAGUAUGAUGACUUCGAUGUGCCCACUCCGGUCUUCAUCAAGGAGCUGCUGGUGCGACGGAUCCAGCUGUUUGUCUCGGUGCGCUUCAAUGGCAAGGCUUCAGCCAGUGGCAACUGUAGCAGUGAAGCCUUGCAAGCAGUGGACAUCGUGCUACGCAAGUUGAUUCCCUUCGACGUCUCCCAAGCCCGCCUUUCGCUCGGGCCGUUCUUCCGGCGCCGGCCCGGGGCACCUGCACCAAAGGGCUGCAGGCUCUUCCGCAUGCUCCUCUUGGGGGAGCAGCAGAGCGAUGCCCUUCUGGCGGACGAGUUUCUGCCCCACGGCUUUCACGAGCUCUUCAGUGAGGCCAGCAGUGCGGCCGGUGAUGCGGUGCUCCGGCAAAUCCCGCAGUUUGUGGGCGCCCAGCGACUCUUGGGGAGCCCAGCGCAUUUGUGGACGGAGCUGACCCAAGCGUUGCACCUGGCGGUCUUUGGUCUUUGUAGCUGCAGUCCUUGGCUGCUGAUCGCGGCCUUGCUCACGGUCAUCGCCGCGGUUCUGGAAUCCGUAGAAGGCAUCUUCAUGAUCAUUGCGAAGCAGCUUGGCAUUUAUUUGACCAACAUGAUUCGACUGACA